GUGUGUGUGUGUGUGUGUGUGUGUGUGUGUGUGUGUGUGUGUGUGUGUGUGUGUGUGUGUGUGUGUGUGUGUGUGUGUGUGUGUGUGUGUGUGUGUGUGUGUGUGUGUGUGUGUGUGUGUGUGUGUGUGUGUGUGUGUGUGUGUGUGUGUGUGUGUGUGUGUGUGAGAGAGAGAGAGAGAGAGAGAGAGAGAGAGAGAGAGAGAGAGAGAGAGAGAGAGAGAGAGGGGGAGAGAGGGGGAGAGAGAGAGUGUGUGUGUGUCUGCUUGGGUCUGCUACUGCUGCUGUCGGAAUUGACAGCACUUGAUGCGAAGUGUUGUGACCAGGGUGACAGGUUAUUGCACUGUGUGCAAUACAAUAACAGAAUCGCUUUACACCGCGGAAUUUAUUCACCAACAACUCAGCAAUCAUGGGGAAAGUGGAAGGAGGAAUGAAAUGUGUGAAAUAUCUUUUGUUCGUCUUCAACUUCAUAUUCUGGCUGAUGGGCUCCCUGGUGCUGUCGGUUGGGCUGUGGCUGCGCUUCGACCCUGAGACGGUGUCCCUGCUCAACGGACAUGGGGCCCCGGAGACAUUCUUCAUCGGGGUGUACAUCCUGAUCGUGGCUGGCAGUCUGGUGAUGCUGGUGGGCUUCUUCGGUUGUUGCGGGGCCGUUCGGGAGUCUCAGUGUCUUCUGGGCUCAUUCUUCGCCUGCCUGUUGAUUAUAUUCGGGGCUGAAGUUGCAGCUGGAGUGUUUGGAUUCCUUAACAAAGACAAGAUCAUCGAAGAUGUCCAGAACUUCUAUGCAAAAACAUACAAUGACAACAACAACAGCACACUAAUCUCCUCAUACCACAAAGUGCUGAACUGUUGUGGAACCAAAGCUGUGCCCUGCGGUGAUCCUCUGGGCGAGAGCAAGGACUGUGAGGUGGGCAUCGAAGAAUUCUUCAACAGCAAACUCUACAUCAUCGGCUACGUGGGCAUCGGCAUCGCUGGUGUCAUGAGUCGUGUCGUUGCCCCCAGAUCAUUGGGAUGAUAUUCAGCAUGGUGCUGUGCUGUGCCAUUCGUAACAGCAGAGAGGUCAUCUGAUCUGCGUUGGAGCCCUGGACGUCUCCCCCUGCUGUCCCUUCAGACCCUGUUGUGAAUUACUGCACGAUGAAGUGAACACCCAUCUAUAAAUCCUUUCAUAUGAUCCAGGGACAGCGGCCAUUAGACCACCCUUUACAAAUACUGGUGCUUUGAUCAAUAACCCACCCUCAAUCGUAAAGACAUGCCACAAUGUUUUUUGUCAUGAAUUGUGUUGAAUCACAAUAUUUACACCCACUGUAACCACUUUGCCAAUACAGAUCAUUUAAACAGUUUAUACAAAUUUGAGAAUAAUGAUAUUUGGUGUACGUUGCUUCCUCCUUAAAAUUAUUGAAACGCUUACCCCAAUGAUAGCAAAAAGUUAAAUUUGUCUUUGCAAUCCCCUUAUGAAAGGGACCCAAGAGUUGUUGCAGUGGUGUGCUAAGCAUGCAAGAAUCCCCCCCCCCCCCCCCCAACACAAUAUUAUGUAACUAAAGCCCUGGAAAAAUGACCCCAUGGCUGUAAUGAUGCCUUCAACAAAUGUGCCAUGCAUGUUUAUGCCCCCCAACACACACACACACACACACACACACACACACACACACACACACACACACACACACAAACACAGACACAUGAUUUUUGGAAGACCACUGAUGGAUGGGUCCUCCUUCCUGUUUUAAUUGACUGUUCUGUUGGGUCUCAGUCAUCCGGUUGGACCGGUGGCUUCAUAUUCUACAUUAUUCAUGUAAUUUGUAUGCAAGGCAUGACGUUCUUAACAUCGUAACAGUUGACUCCCAAGACAUUGUUGACAUGAUCCAUCAAUGCUCCUGGCAUCGUGAGCAUCUAAAAGUUCCUCUUUAACCAGCCUUUAGAAAAA